GUUUAGAUUUUUGCAUAAAAAAGUCGAAUCUUUGAGAGCACUUGGUGAUUUAGAUGAUGGCAGUUUGGGAUAUAGCAUCAAUGAAAGAAAGGAACCCAAGGGGGACCGAAUAUGUUGCUGACGAGGAACAUCCCUUGUUGCUUAAACAACAAGAUGAAGAUGGCGUUCAUGGUGAAUUUAAUGGAGCUUCUUUGUCUGGAGCUGUGUUUAACUUGUCGACCACAAUUGUGGGUGCAGGGAUCAUGGCAUUGCCCGCCAUGAUGAAGGUCCUCGGCCUAAUUCUCGGGGUAGGUCUUAUCGUCUUUAUGGCGUUCUUAACCGAUGCCUCAAUUGAGUUAUUCUUGAGGUUUAGCAAGGCUGCGAAAACAUCUUCUUAUGGAGGUCUUAUGGGGGAUGCAUUUGGAAAGUUUGGAAAGAUCUUGUUGCAGGUCUCUGUUUUAGUCAACAACAUUGGGGUUCUCAUUGUGUUUAUGAUUAUUAUUGGUGAUGUGCUCUCUGGAACAUCGUCUAGUGGUGUUCAUCAUGCCGGUGUCCUCGAAGGUUGGUUCGGCCAACAUUGGUGGAACGGCCGUACUUUUGUUCUUUUUUUCACAACGAUUGGCAUAUUCUCUCCAUUGGCAUGCUUUAAGCGCAUCGAUUCCUUAAGAUUUUCGUCUGCACUAUCAGUUGCUCUGGCUAUUGUGUUUCUUGUCAUCACCCUGGGAAUAGCAAUGUUCAAGUUGUUCAGUGGAACUAUAAUGAUGCCGAAAUUGCUACCCCAUGUCAUCGAUUUGGCGUCUUUCUGGGAGUUCUUUACCGUUUUCCCUGUUUUAGUCACCGCAUAUCUCUGCCACUAUAAUGUUCACAGUAUAGCUAAUGAACUCAAAGGAUCAACUCAGAUGGGACUAGUUGUUCGGGUAUCUCUGUCUUCGUGCGCGGUCGUCUACACAUUGAUAAGCAUUUUUGGGUUUCUUCUAUUCGGAGAAGCAACAUUGGACGAUGUGCUCUCCAACUUCGAUACCGACCUCGGCAUUCCCUAUAGUUCCCUGCUCAACGAUGCUGUCCGUGUUAGUUAUGCAGCUCACCUCAUGCUCGUAUUUCCGGUCAUCUUCUAUCCACUUCGACUCAACAUCGACGGCCUCAUGUUCCCUUCAGCUAGACCUUUAGCUCAGUCCAGCACAAGGUUUGCAUCAGUUACUUCCGGACUCAUCAUACUGGUCUUCUUGGGUGCAAAUUUCAUACCCAGCAUCUGGGUUGCCUUCCAAUUCACUGGUGCAACCGCUGCAGUUUGCCUCGGAUUCAUAUUUCCGGCCGCUGUAACGCUUAGGGAUCGACAUGUUAUAUCGACGAAGAAGGACAGGAUCUUAGCUAUUGUCAUGAUUGUGCUGGCUGUGUUCUCCAACCUGGUGGCCAUAUAUAGUAAUUGCAUUGCCCUUUUUGAAGAAUGAUGAAGCAGAAUGAGUGUUCUCUGGAUUGCAAGAAACUGAGACUUACGUUUCAUGUUUACUUGAAGAUCACCGAGUGAUGGAAUCGUUCAUUCGAGUUCAAAAAAUAUGGGUUUCGGUUUUGAAGGAGGUUUAAUU